GACCGUCUCAGGCCUACCGGGGGCCACUCCCAGCCCGGUCUCCGGGGGCCCGCCGCCCGCUCCCCUACGCGACCCGGCCCCCGUCCGCCCGGAGGAAGUGUCCCGAGGCCCUCCCAGCGGGCAGCAGCCCGCGCGGCCAGGCCCUCCCUCGGCCCGCCCCGCCCCGCCCCGCCGCGAGCGCCGCCGUUCCGGUCCUGUGACCCAUCAGGCGGCGCCGGCCGGCCGGCGCGGCGGCGCAGGGCGGGUCGGCCUCUGGGAAGUUUCCGGGGGCCCCCCGGGGGGCGGGUUCGGGAGGCCCCCAGAGCGAGGCGGGACUGCGCGCGUCUGGGCGAGGGCCGGGCGCGGAGCCCCAGUGCGCCCCAGAGCCGCGGCGCGCAUGGCGGGCGGGGGCGCCGGGGACCCCAGCCGGGGGGCUGCGGCCACCCCCGCCGCCGCCGCCGGGGCGCCUGAGACCCGCGAGCACCUCUUCAAGGUGCUGGUCAUCGGCGAGCUCGGCGUGGGCAAGACCAGCAUCAUCAAGCGCUACGUCCACCAGCUCUUCUCCCAGCACUACCGGGCCACCAUCGGGGUGGACUUCGCCCUCAAAGUGCUCAACUGGGACAGUAGGACGCUGGUGCGCCUGCAGCUGUGGGACAUCGCAGGGCAGGAGCGGUUUGGCAACAUGACCCGAGUGUAUUACAAGGAAGCUGUGGGUGCAUUUGUAGUCUUUGAUAUAUCAAGAAGUUCCACAUUUGAGGCGGUCUUAAAAUGGAAAAGUGACCUGGACAGUAAAGUUCACCUUCCCAAUGGCAGCGCUAUCCCCGCUGUGCUCCUGGCUAACAAAUGUGACCAGAAAAGGGAGGGUGGCCAGAAUCCUCCCCAGAUGGACCAGUUCUGCAAAGAGCAUGGCUUCACUGGAUGGUUUGAAACCUCAGCAAAGGAUAACAUAAACAUAGAUGAAGCCGCACGGUUCCUAGUGGAGAAUAUCCUUGCAAACCACCAAAGCCUUCCUAAUGAAGAAAACGAUGUGGGCAAAAUUAAACUGGAUCAGGAGACCUUGAGAGCAGAGAGCAAAUCUCAGUGUUGUUGAUGUGGUCCCUGCUGCUUUUCUGCCUGCCUGGAUUCUGAGUGAGCUCCAAAGGAUGGGGUGUGGAGGAUACCCUGGAAGGUGAAUCUUCCCAGGGGUGCCCUUUGUUAGAGCAGCACCAUCUCACCACUUGAAAAUGGAAGGCAUGGGAAAGUGCCCUCGUGGCUCUGCAACCUAGGAGACGUCACUUAGGCUUGUGGUGUUGUUGCCAUCAUAUUGAGGACGACAUUUAUGUCCUUUCACAGGGCCUUCUUUGAUGGCGGUUCCUCAGGCUAUGGUGGAAUUCCAAGUAGUAGUUUUUGGGGUGAGUGUUGAGGAGGUAAUAAAUCUGUACUUGCAGUGUUACGGUCAUGUUGAGCCUGUAUCUUUGUCUCCCUGUUCCAUGCUUACUUUGCAGUGAGGUUUUUAGACUAUGUCUGCCACGAAGGCUGGCAGUUCCUUUUUUAUUCAAAGGGUUGGUACUUCAUAUAAAAUUGUUAUCCUUACUAUAAUCCCAACAGUUGUGGCUGGUUUGACAUGUGGUCACUCCUCUUAAACAUACUGAAGUACUCUCCCUAAUUACUCAGUUACUCUCCCCUGAGUUAUGGGAGCUCCUCUGGAUCCAGUUGCUAACACUUGGAAACAGUAAACAGGAAUGUUUGGUCUUCUCUCUGCCCUUCUUCCUGUGCUCAUGUUUAUAGCUGUGGGGCUAAUUGACGUUACUGCUCCAAUUCUGUCUCACUAGAACUAGUAUUUUCAAAUAUAUAAUCAUAUUUGUCAAGAAAUAAAUUGUUUCAAAGCACACACACAUAAACCCAGUUUAUAUUUUAUGUGUUGUGAAAGAAACCAGGUCAUGUAUGUCUCUGUGAACGUUCAAGUGUAAUCCCUGGGCAAUUGAAGGCAGAUGUGUAAUAUGUGUGUUAUCACUUACCCCAUUGAAGGAAGAGGAUAAAUGUUGUGACUGAAGCCUUCAUUUUGAAUAUAUGUAGUUCUAGAAAGACAGUGUGUUGGAGCCAGCGCUGUAGCACAGCAGGUAAAGCCACCGCCUGCAGUGCCAUCACCCCAUAUGGGCACCAGUUCCAGUCCCGCUGCUCCACUUCUGAUCCAGCUCUCUGCUAUGGCCUGGAAAAGCAGUAGAAGAUGGCCCAAGUCCUUGGGCCCCUGCACCCACAUGGGAGACCCAGAAGAAGCUCCUGGAUCCUGAUUUCAGAUAGACUCAGCUCUGACGGCUGCAGCCAUUUGUGGAGUGAACCAGCAGAUGGUUUCUGUCUCUCUCUCUGCCUCUGUGUCUCUGCAACUCUGACUUUCAAGUAUAAAUAAAUCUUUAAAAAAAGAAAGAAAGAAAGACAAUGUGUUAUAUACCUUUGUGUCCCAGAAAACUUUUGUCUUUUAUGAGGCUUGUAUUCUCUGCAAGGUCCAAUUUAUUUCCCUCAAUGGAAUUUUAAGGGUUUUUUUUUAUGACAUAAUCCAAAGCUAAUGAAAUAAAAGCUGUUUACAAAACUUA